UUUCGGCCCCGGUCGCUCCGCCAUCUUUGUCGGCUGCCCCAUUGUUCACUCUGGAGCUAACAGCGGCGCUAAAUCUGUUUAUACUGCGCAAUAAAAUAACUUGACGGUGUCACAGGCAGCGGCCCGCGACAGUCGUGGAUUUGCUCUCAGGGUUGCGACUUGUUCUCGGCCAGCAAGUUAAACAGAAUGGACGAUGACCUGCCCAAAACCCUGUAUGUGGGGAAUCUGUCCCGGGACGUGACAGAGGCUCUCAUCUUGGAGUUGUUUGGCCAGAUUGGACCCUGCAAGAGCUGUAAAAUGAUAGUAGAUACAGCAGGUCACGAUCCGUACUGCUUUGUGGAGUUCUAUGAACAUAGACAUGCCACUGCCACAAUUGCAGCCAUGAAUGGUCGGAAAAUACUGGGUAAGGAGGUCAAGGUCAACUGGGCCACGACGCCAACCAGCCAAAAGAAAGACACAAGCAGUCACUUCCACGUCUUUGUUGGAGAUCUAAGUCCCGAGAUUACCACAGAUGACAUAAAAGCUGCUUUUGCUCCAUUUGGGAAAAUAUCGGACUGUCGAGUGGUGAAAGACAUGGCCACAGGUAAAUCUAAAGGCUAUGGCUUUGUCUCCUUCUUCAACAAAUGGGAUGCAGAGAAUGCCAUACAGCAGAUGGGAGGACAGUGGUUGGGAGGCAGGCAGAUCAGGACCAACUGGGCCACAAGGAAGCCUGCUCCUAAAACUACAAAUGAAACAACCAAUUCCAAGCAGCUAUCUUUUGACGAGGUGGUCAACCAGUCCAGCCCCAGCAACUGCACCGUCUACUGCGGGGGAGUCACAACAGGUCUCACAGAGCAAGCCAUGAGACAGACCUUCUCACCUUUUGGCCAGAUAAUGGAAAUACGAGUUUUCCCAGACAAGGGCUACUCAUUUGUGAGGUUCAACUCCCAUGAAGCAGCAGCUCAUGCCAUUGUUUCUGUCAAUGGCACAUCCAUAGAGGGCUAUAUUGUUAAGUGUUACUGGGGCAAAGAAACAACAGACAUGGUUAGCACCAUUCAGCCGGUACAGAUGCCACAGCAGAACACGGUGAGCUUUGCAGCGCAGCCCUACAGUCAGUGGGGUCAGUGGUACAGCAACACACAGCAGAUGGGUCAGUACGUGCCCAACGGAUGGCAGGUGCCGAGCUAUGGUGUCUACGGUCAGACCUGGGAUCAGCAAGGCUACAAUCAUUUACAUGCUGGUGCUGGAUGGACUGGCGUGGGCGCUGUGAGCAACGGGAGCAUGGUGGAGGCCGGUCAGGGAGUCAACGGGACGGUGCUAACCAACCAGGCUGGCAUGGGCACUGCGGGCUACCACACCCACUGAUCACUGGUCACAGUAGUCCUCUCUAAGCCUCUAAAGCCACACGGAUGAUACUCUGGUGGGGAAAGGAGUGCAUUAGAUGUGCUCUCUCCCUUACCACACAAAGUUAUUCUGUUAGGGAGGCCGGUACGCCAUUUUUAUCAACCUUACCAGCCCAUAAACUCACCCACUGCCCAAACCUGCAAGUGUUAAGAAAACAACCCACUUCAGAACACUUUUAAAAACAGCCACCGCUAAUGCACCUUGCAUUCCUGGGCCCAUUUUAUUGUUUGGCGUAUUUUUGUAAUGCCUGCAGAUAACUGGCCAAAUGUAAAUUAUACGACCGUGUCAAGAUAUUUCUAGCACAGCCACAUUUUAGUUUAAAAGGAAAUAUUGUUCAGCUAAAUAAAAAUAUAGUAAACACCAGGUAUUGUUUGUUUUCAGCCACCCAGAGCCAAAGAGCAAGGGCAGAAUUUUAUACCAAUGUUUAACAAUCACACAGGGAGAAGAGGCUUCCAACCUUGUCACAGAAAGCGCUCGAUAGUCCAUAGUAAUGUAAUAUAUUGAUUAAGGGGUGCGAUUUUUAAUUCUUCUCAAUUGGAACCUCUUUCUCUGACUGUUGUGGUCGUGUCCACCUGUUACCGAAGUGAAAUACAAGUCCGAGCAAGUUCAAGUCAUUCUGUGAAACGUUGGAGGGUCUCUGAGUUAGAUGUAGGCAGGUUGAGGAAUAGUGGACACCACAAAACAUGUAAAAUUGCAGCGCUCCUUCACUUCAUCUCCCGGAACGGACCGAAUGGACCGAGAAUCCAGUCUGUGGAUGAGAAACGUGUGUGUGCGCUUGCGUGUGUGUGUGUGUGUGUGCAUGAACUGAUGCUUUUACACACACGACAACGUCCAGUUCAUCUUCCCUUGAAACAGAAAGGACUGCGCCAUCUUUUUUUUGUUUUGUUUUUUUUUUUUUUUUCUUUGGGCUGUCAUUUUCAAGUGUCAUUGUCUUUCUUUUUUUUGGGCGGGGAGGGUUUGAGCAAGUUUAAAAUGCUGACAUUGUAUAAAGAGCUUUUUGCCUUUUUUGUUUUUCUGUUUCAUUUCGGGACUGUCUUAUAAAGAAAUGUUGCAGUGACACCAUCGAAUCAUGUGACACGUGAGACCUUUUUUUAUGUUUGUUUAUAAAACAUUAAGUGGCUGUCAACUGUCAACUUUAUUUUUUAAAUUAGAUUUUCAAUAUCUCCAAUCAAUUGCAGGGAUUACUGCCACUCUUAUCUUACUUACUUACAGGCAGACAGAUAUUGCACAACUGCUUAAGGUUAUCUUUUCACAAAAUUUGAAAUACUAAGGUUUUUUUUUUUUUUUUGCAUUCCACUUUCUUUUGUAAUUUCCUUUUGGAAGUCUGCUUUAUGUAACAGUCUGUUCAAUUGUACUGAAUCUGUAUAAAGACAACAUGUUAAUUAAGGAAGCCUGCUAGCUUCUGGUUGGGUAAUGGCUUCCAGAAACAGCUGUUUGACAGUAGCACCCCUGUCCUGUGCUGGUCCGUGUACAGUAGUGCAACAUUUGACUCUUCCAGAGGCUUGGAGGAUAAGCAGCGUUGCCAUGCAAUGCAGAAGUCUUUCGAUCGACAAGUAAUGCAUAAUUUAAGUUAUUCUGUUGUAAACCUCAGUAACAAUUGCUUUUAUAGAUUAAGAAACAACCUUUCGAGGAUCAGAUUUUUGCACUGUGGCCACCAUCGUUUUUAAUAUAGUUGGGAAAAUCCGUUGUGUUGCCUUAUUAUCAGUGAGUUACUUUUAAUUUAACCAAAAAUCAUCCAAGAGUAGGCGGUGCCUAAGAAUGUUUUCAACCUAUGUUUUGGCGAGAGAAGUUCUGUUGAUGCUUCAGUAACAUGGUUUGAGUUUUUGCUUUGUCCCAUUAAAAUGCUGAUGCUUGAAA